AUGAAAUUAGGAUAUAAUGAAAUAAUGAUAGUAUCAAAGUACUUUAAUGAUAUUAAUGAUUUUAUUAAUUUAGAAAUAGGAAUUAAAAGAUUUAGAGGAAAUAUGGAACGAUUUCAUUUUAAUCCAAUUCCAUUAGAUGAAUAUUCAAGAAAAUUAUUUCCUAAUAUUGAAACAUUUCAUAUUUAUAAUUAUAAUGAUAAAAUAUUUAAAGAUGGAAAAAUAUUUAAAAAAGUGGUCUGGUAUUUAGUAGAUUAUUCAAAAUACUUAAAAGAAAAAGAAGAAUGGGAUAUAUAUAAAAAUAUAGAAUAUGCAAUUGCUUAUGAAAUAUAUAACUAUAGCAAUACAAUACCACCAGAAGUUAAAUCACUUGGAUAUCAAUGCUUUAAAGGUUGUGAUAGAUUAACAUCAAUUAAUAUACCAACAACAAUUAGUAAAAUAGGAUGUAAUUGUUUUGAAGGAUGUACAUCAUUAACAUCAAUUAAUAUACCAACAACAAUUAGUAAAUUAGGAAGUUAUUGUUUUAAAAACUGCCCAUCAUUAAAAGCAAUUGAUAUACCAACAUCAAUUAGUGAAAUAGGAGAUAAUUGUUUUUAUGGAUGUCAUUCAUUAAAAUCAAUUAAUAUACCAACUAGCGUUAGUGAAAUAGGAGGUUAUUGUUUUAAUGGAUGUUUAUCAUUAACAUCAAUUACUAUACCAUCAUCAAUUAGUAAAAUAGGAUGUGGUCGUUUUUAUGAAUGGUCAUCAUUAACACCAAUUAAUAUAGGUAAUAUAAAAUUUAUUAGUGAAGAAAGAAUGUUUGUGAAUGAACCAGUGUUAGUUAGUAUUAAAAUACCAUAUGAUCUAGAAAUAAUCAAUGGAAAGAAUAUUGAAAAGAAAGAUAUUAAUGAAUUUAUUAUUCCGACAACAAUUACUAAAUUAGGAUGGAAUUGUUUUGAAGGAUGUACAUCAUUAAAAUCAAUUAAUAUACCAUCAUCAAUUAAAGAAAUAGGAGAUAGGUGUUUUAAAAACUGUUCAUCAUUAACAUCAAUGAAUAUACCAUCAUCAAUUAGUAAAAUAGGAGAUGGUUGUUUUUCAGAAUGUUCAUCAUUAAAAUCAAUUAACAUACCAUCAUCAAUUAGUAAAAUAGGAGCUUAUUGUUUUUAUAAAUGUUCAUCAUUAACAUCAAUGAAUAUACCAUCAUCAAUUACAUCAUUUUGA